UCAUGAAAGUAAAAUCGUGAGCGCCAUCUCCACUACUUCCUCCCUAUUUAUAGCUUCAUCCAUUGCCAUUUUCUUCCUAAAAAAUUCUCUCUUCUCCAUAUCUCUGUUUCUCUUUGUUCUCUCGAUAAUUGUAUCAAAUCUCUGUAAUGGGUAGCGUUGAAAGAGAGAGAAGAAUAACCACAGGCUUUGCUGCAAGAGACCCAUCUGGGUUUCUCUCUCCUUACACUUACGAACUCAGGGAAACAGGGCCAGAAGAUGUUUACAUAAGAGUUAUAUGCUGUGGGCUUUGUCAUACUGAUGUUCAUCAAAUCAAAAAUGAUCUUGGAGUGUCCAAUUACCCCAUGGUUCCAGGGCAUGAAGUGGUUGGUGAAGUGAUGGAAAUUGGGGAGAAUGUGAAGAAAUUUAAAGUGAAGGAUAUUGUGGGAGUUGGAUGCAUAGUUGGAUCUUGUAAAACUUGUGAGAGAUGUGAAACUGAUAGGGAACAAUAUUGCAAUAACAAGAUUUGGACUAAUAAUGAUGUCUAUACCGACGGCCGCCCUACGCAAGGCGGCUUCGCCACCGCUAUGGUCGUCGACCAAAGGUUUGUGGUGAAAGUACCCGAUGGCAUGGCACCGGAGCAGGCAGCGGGGCUGCUAUGCGCAGGCGUGACAGCGUACAGUCCUCUGAACCAUUUUGGCCUAAACAAAAGUGGGCUAAGAGGAGGGAUCUUAGGGCUUGGAGGAAUAGGGCACAUGGGGGUGAAAUUGGCAAAGGCAUUGGGUCACCAUGUCACAGUCAUAAGCUCCUCCAACAAGAAGAGGGAAGAAGCUCUAGAGCAUCUCGGUGCCGACGACUACCUGGUUAGCUCCGACGAAGCUCGGAUGAAACAGGCCGUCGACUCUCUUGACUACAUCAUCGACACCGUCCCAGCCUUUCACCCUAUUGAGCUUUAUCUUUCGUUGCUCAAGCUCGAUGGCAAGUUGAUCUUGUUGGGCGUUAUUAAUAAACCUCUCCAGUUCGUCUCUCCCAUGGUCAUCCUUGGAAGGAAGACGAUCACGGGAAGUUUCAUCGGGAGCAUGAAGGAAACAGAGGAGAUUUUGGAACUUUUCAAAGAGAGAGAAUUGAGUUCAACGGUGGAAGUGGUGAAGAUGGAUUACAUAAACAAAGCCAUUGAAAGGUUGGAGAAGAAUGACGUUAGAUAUAGGUUUGUGGUGGAUGUUGAGGGAAGCAAGUUCUAAAUUAAAGAGAGAAUUAAAACAAUAAUCUUGGGGCUGCUUUUUAUUUCUUAAUGAUUAUAAUAUCCCUACUUUUUUGGUGAUAAUUAUAGAAAUUUGAAAUGUAUUAAUGUUGGUGUAUGAACUUAGAUAUGUGUUCUUUAAAAGUUUUGAAGUUAUGGAAUAUACCUUUUUAUAAAAGCCAACUUUAAAAGGCUAUAUAUUAUUGGGUCCUUAA